UAGAACUCGACAACUCAAACGUCAAUCUUCCUCGUUCUUUCAUCACGAACAGUCCUUUCGACUCUAUAACCACUCCUCGAACUCAUCAUGAGCGGCUACGGCUACCAGGGAGGCGACUAUGGUCACCAGGGCGGUGACUACGGCCAGCACAACAACCAAUAUCCUCCUCAACACAACCAGCAGUACCCCCCUCAACACAACGACCAGUACCCUCCUCAGCACAAUAACCAGUACCCUCCCCAGCAGGGCCAUCAGUAUCCCCCUCAGCAGGGCCAUCAGUAUCCCCCUCAGCAGGGCCACGCCGGCGGCUCCGCCAGUGCCUACUACGAGGGCGCCUCGACCGAGCAGCAGCAGUACCACACGCUAUACCAGCAGCCGCCGCCGCCAUACCCCAGCGACGGCCCGGGCUACGGCGCCGCGCCGCAGGAGGGCGAGCGAGGCCUGAUGGGUGCCCUGGCCGGAGGUGCGGCGGGAGCCUUUGGCGGUGCCAAGCUGGGCGGCCAGGCGACGGGCCACGCGAAGACGAGCGGCGUCGUCGGUGCCAUUGUCGGCGCGAUUGCCGGGUCGAAGCUGCAGGACGGCGUGUCUGACUGGCGGCACGAGCGCAAGGAGGAGAAGCACGAGGCGCACAUGUACGAGGAGGAGCACAAGAAGGACAAGAAGCACAAGAAGGAGAAGAAGCACAAGGACGAGCAUCGCAGCCGCUCCCGCUCUAGCAGCAGCAGCAGCUCCAGCAGCUCCAGCAGCGGCUCGUCCAAGCACCAUCACCGCCGUCACUCGCGCUCGCGGUCUGGAUCCAGGUCGCGCGGCCACGGCGGCACGGUCACCGUGCAGGCUGGCGAUACGCUGCGGGGCAUUGCGGCGCGGUAUGGGACUUCGUUUGAGGAGAUUGCGAGGCAUAACGGGAUCCAGAACCCGGACAUGAUUUACCCGGGGCAGGUCCUGCGGGUUCCUGGGUGGCACUGAGUGAUUGGCAUGUCGGGGGGAAGAAGAUUAGAGGAGAUGAGGUAACAUGGCAUGGAUGAUUACGACAGAGACGAGAUUGAAUGGAAAGAUAUCCCAACGGGAAUAAAUACACGAUCUAGAUUCUAGGUGCCGACUUGUCAGUGCGUUUCUGAUUGCAAGGACCGCUCAAGCAACAGGAAAACCAUGGGUAAGGAAUCAUGCCAAGGCAAGUCGGGGUUUACAGGUCAUUGAUUCCUAUACGAGCAGAUUCGUCUUUC